AUGAAGUCUGCCAGGGGCGAGAGCCCACGAAGUAAUGUCGACGAGAGCCCCGGCGCGAGCCCGCGUGGAGGGGCCAGCCCUCGUGCUCAAAGCCCGGGUCAGAGUCCGCGUGACGGCGCGAGCCCGCGUGGGGACAGCCCUCGUCGAAGAAAUUCCGUCAGGGGUGGGAGACGAAACUCAGUUCGGGAGGAGUCUCCCCGGUGGGAAAAGCCUCCCCGACAGCGGCCUGCAGCUGGCCGAAGCAGCUAUUCACUCCUGGCGGACUUGGUCAUCAAAAACCAGCAGAUUGAUCAGCUCAAGGAGUCCUUGCAGCUCGGAGGAGGCGUCGUCGCGCGCAAGUCGGUGGGAGAGUUUCUCAAGGGCUUCCGGCUUGCUGCUGGCCAAGAUCUGAGGCUGGAGGCCUUCGACAUCAUCGGGUUGCAGGAUGGUGACGAGUUGGACGAACGGCUGGGCUUGGUCGUGCAAGAUUCUCUCACAGGCAGCAAGGAAGACGACCGUGACAUCCACUUGUAUGCCCGCCCGCCGUGGUUUGAGUCGGAGCUGGCUUCUCGGGUUGGUCGAUGCCGACGUUUUUGGAGCUGCCUACUACCCUGCUGUGUUCGACGACGGCCUCGCCGGUGGCGUCGGAAGCAUCGAUAUCGCGAGGACCUCUUUGCUUGCUACGUUCGGGUGCAGCAGGCCAUCCUGCGGCUUCUUUUUCGGAGUAGCUCUGCAUCAAAGCAGCGCGACAUAUUCGUGAGCUUUCAGGAAGCCGACAAGGAUUUGGCCAAAUGGCUUCGCUUGUUCUGCGACAUGCGGUCCCUGUCCGUGUAUGCAUGUUUGGCAAACGAUGCCGCGCGGCAGCAGCUGCAAGAAGCACAGGCAAAGCAGGAGCAGAACAAGGAGGAGCAAGAGAAGCAGGCGUCGGCAAAGACUGCAGAGAAGGAGCGAGUGAUUCAGAAAGAAACGUCUGGACGAUCCUCGGAGAAUGGUUCCGAGGCCGACGAGAGCGAGACGGCGGUCGAAGUGGAGGAUGAUCGAGAGUCCCUCCUGGAGUGGUUGCAAGAGCGACAGGAGCUAAUCAGAACUUCGCGAGUACUUAUUGUGAUCGUGAGCCAGGACUCGGUGGAGAACGCAGCGGUGUUGCAAGAUUGCCUUUGGGCCUUCCAGUGGGGCGUGCCCAUUCUGCCCGUUCGGCGAGUGAUUUCUGGAAAGCCAACAAAGGAGGAUGAGCUCAGAGAGCAGCGCCGGAAGCUGCGAUUCCUCUUCGCUCUAAACAUGGGUCUUCCGCAGGUUGGCCUGGGUACGAACCGAAAGGACUUCUUUUUCAAGGUGUCGGCAGCCCUGGCCACUGGUAUCCGCACGGGCCGUUCGGAGCGUCGCGAGCAGAUGCCGAAGAACAUUUGGGAGUUCUUCUCCAGAUCCGUUCGGCAGCUUCUACGAGAUGCGCAAGAGCUGAAGGAGUCUGGAGACGGGAGCCAGGUCUCGGCACAGCCGACUGAAACACGCUUUCGUGUCGAGCGCGGCGCCCUCGUAAAUAUUCCCACGUUGGGGCAGCUAGCCGAGGAGAAGAAGGAGGAUAAAGUGAUUGCCAAGGACGAUGACGAAGAGCGAGAGGAGGAGCACCAGAAGAAGGAGCUUGGCAAAGACCGCUCGGCCGGAGACGUGGAUCUGUCCAGCCAACUUCACCCCACGAUGGAGGAUCGUAUCUAUGGCGUGCUGUCAAUGCUUCUGUUGGAGGGGUCGGAGAAUGUGCAGGUGGCCGGGAAUGCCACGCAUGCCCUGCGAAUCAUUACGCAGUCGGAGCGGGGCUCCCAAGCUGUCGCUAUGUUUCGGGGCAUUGAGGUUCUGUUGGUUAUGGCCAUGCUCGCUUGCAGCCAAGUACAGGAGCAGCGACGGGCCCCGACUUCCGCACGCGGCGGCACAUCGCCGAAGAGCGGCCGGCAUGGGGCGCAGGAUAACAGCACGCGUGGGGACACGUCGCCCAAAACUCGGCGGCACUUCGGCAACGGCCAGGACACAGCGCGUGGCGACACCGCUCGUUCGAAGGAUGCAAGCCCGAGAAGUCAGGACUCCCCGGCAUCUCCUCGUACGGCGCCGAAGAGUGCAAGAGGGCGACACGGUGCUUACAAGGAUGCAUUAGCCAAUGGUGAUGAAAGCGCGCGCGGAGAGGAUGCGCCGGUGUCGCCUCGCGGUGGCGCUCCAAAGAGUGCACGGGCGCGGCAUGGAACCUCUAAGGAUGACCCGCCGGACACGGGUCGGGAGGAUCCAAGAAGCGCGCGAGGUCGUAAAGGAGCAGCUUCUGCCCGGGGCGGCGAAGCAUCUGCGAGAGGUGAUGCCUCAUCGAGAGGUGACGCCUCGUCGCGAGGUGACGCUUCCGCUCGCUCUGGUCAAUCUGGCGAGAGGCUUCAGAGGCGGUGGUGUUGCAGCAAGUGCUGCCGCCGCAGGGGCCAAGCAGACGACCAACAAGGGGACGAUGAUUUCGUCGAUUCAGAAGCAGGACAGUCGAAGCCAUCAUCACGAGGUGAGAAGGAAGUCGGCAAUGCUGCGCUGCGAUUGGCCGAUCAUGCUUUCGCAUCGCUACGGAACAUUGCCGCGCACUCCUCCGACAGACGACAGCAGAUUCUGGCCCUCGGCGGGGAGCAGGUCGGUGUCGAAGCUCUCGCGCUGUUCCGCGGGCGCGAUUCAGGGCCCAGUCGCUCUGUCGCGGCAUUCCUGCGCAACCUUUCAGAAGGUUCGGACGGUGUCGUGCCUUUGGCCAGCGCGGGCUUCCUUCAACUGGCAGAGGAAGAACUGGAUGACAAUCUCGGGGGACCCCAAGUUCGGCGCCACAUCCUCGCUGCGUUGCAGAACAUGGCGGCACAAGUGGGACCAAGCGGAGAAGUUUUCUCCCAGCCCGCGAGCUGGUUGGAGCUGUGUGCCAUCGCUUCGCAGCGAGCUCUUCAGGAUCGAGAUUCGCGCACCACGCAACAGGCUUUGGGUGCUAUGGGCAACUUUGCUGUUCUUCGAGCUGCGAAGGAUGCUCAGCCAAUGGACGCUGCUGCAGACGGUGGGGACUACGGCCCGACAGCGACGAUGCGGCUGGCUGCCGGCACCACUGAUUUGCUUGACCAAUCCGACGAGGAGGCUCCGGAGCUUCCCUCGCCCGAGGCAACAAAGCCACCGAGUGACUCAGAGGAGUUGGAGUCCGAGCAGAGCUCCCUGGGAAGCGGCUUUCCGCGGCAGGACGCGGCCAGCAAGUCUGUCCCUCGCUCCAGCUCAGACCUGCCAAGUGUCCCGACUGACGACCUGGAAUUGGACAUGUCGCUGGGAAAGGCACACGAAAAGGUUCCGCCGGCAAUGAUUCAGAAUAUGCUCGACCUGCUUCAGGUGCGGAGGCGGUCGUCAGCCAACACAGGAGCCGCUGAAGGCGCUGUCUCGGCUCCAUCUGUGUCCAUCGCAACAAGCACUGCCGCCACGUUGGCUAACUUUGCUCAGGACACUGACAUCGAGCGUCUGAUUGGCUCAAUGGGCGGCAUUGAGAUUGUGCUGGAGUCCAUCGGCACAGUUGAUGCAGAGGAAUUCCAUCUUCAAGCAGUGAGGUUUCUCUGGAACAUGACUUUCUCCAAGAUUAACCAGCAGCGGUUUAUGGACAACGAAGGUGUCGAGCAGGUCCUGGCCAUUCUUGGACGCCACUGCCAGCCGCAACAUGCACAGCUGCAGGAACAGGGCUGCGGUGUGCUUCGCAAUCUGGCAUACGGCCAUACAGGAAGACACAAACUCAAGCUUCUGCAGUCUGGGGUCAUCCAGUGCUUGUGCGAGGCACUUGAAAGAUUCUACAGGGACGUCCAAGUUUGCCUGCAGGCAGUCGCAGGGCUGACAGCAAUGUGCGACCGGGCUCCGCCAGCUGCUUUGCAAGCAAGCCAGAAUGGGGCGAUCACCUGGCUCGUGAAAGCCUUAAAGCUCACCGGGGACAAAGUUGACAUCACGCAGCAGAUUCUACAGGCGCUGGCAAGCAUCCUCAUCAUUCCGGAGGCGUUAACACCUUUUGGUCUUCGCGGCGGGCAUUUGGAGGUGCUCAAAGUGGUGGACCGGCUUCCGUCCGAUGGAACUUUGCUGCUGGCCUUCCGGACCUUGGCAGCGGCACUGAGCCACACAAAGCUAAAGGAUCUGAAGGACCAGAACCUGGCUGCCAUAAUGGCGCAAGAGCUUGAGGAGCAGGAGGACGACGAUAACCCGAUGAGUGCCGCAGAGAAGGAGAACUUGAUCUCGCAGUGGCAAUUGAUGAGCGAUGCUCCGGGCUCGCAGAUACGCAUUGAUCUGAUGGAUGCGCAGAUCAUUCGGAAAGUCGUCAAUGCUUUGAGGAAGUUCCACGAGUAUACGACUGCCAUAGAGGCCGCUGCAGGAGUUCUUCUGAACCUUACUCUGGAAGUCCAUGAGAAGUUGGAGAAGGAUGAAUAUCACUUGAACCGAAAGCUGGAAGUGGGGAUGGAAAGCCACAAGUGCCUCACGAUUAUUGGCCAUUUGGCUGCUGAGACGUCCGAGAGCAACGCAGGCUUUGCGGCGAACAUGUUCUACCUCCUCGCUGCCGUAUCGCUUAAUGAGGAAGUGUCGCUCUUGCUCUACAGGGAGCAGGCUGCGGCCAGGUCUCUGCAGUACAUGAAGGCAUACAAACGCCAGCCGCGCGUCCAGGCGGCAGGCGCGGCUUUUCUUAGUAAUUUGGCCAAGACGAAGCUUCGCAUCCGCGAGGCCAUUUCAGGGCUCAAGUCUGCAGCACACUACAGUCAGCGUCCGUAG